AUGGCAGAAAGAACGCUGCCAUAUCUGGAGCAAUUUAAUGCUCAUGAAGAUAUUGCUUCAGUGGGCGUUCGCUGGACUAAGUGGCUAAAACGCUUUGAAAACCUUCUAAUCGCUUUGGAUAUUAACGAUGAGAAACGACAGCGUGCACUGUUGUUCCACUAUGCUGGCUGUGAAGUAGCUGAUCUCUUUGACACCUUUCCCGAGAAAGAUAAAGGGAAAGACAACGAUUAUUCGAGAGCCGUAGAACUAUUAACCGAAUACUUCUCACCGAAGAAGAACAUUGAAUACGAGGUGCAUGUGUUUCGUCAGGCGAAGCAAAUGAGUGGCGAGACAAUGGACGGAUUCCACACUCGUUUGAGAAAGCUAGCAAGAACCUGCGAGUUUACAGACGUUGAACGUGAGAUAAAAACUCAGAUCAUUCAAGGAUGUUUGUCGCAACGAAGGCGGGCAUUACGUGAAGCUAUAUCUCUUACACAAUUAAUUGACUACGGACGGUCGCUUGAAACGUCCGAGACACAAGCUCGUGGGAUGGAAAAAAAACUACAUUCAGAGACGGAGACUGGCUAUGUUAAUAAGACCAUGCACGAACAGGUUCGAGAUAAGAAAACUCACUUAUCACGCUCUAAAUGCUAUCGCUGUAAUGGAAAUUAUCCGCAUACUGGUGUAUGUCCGGCAAUGGGAAAAACAUGUAACACUUGCCACAAACAAAAUCAUUUCGCAGCGGUUUGUCGGCAACGAAAGUCGCAGGAAAGACCCAGGAAUUUUAAAGGACAAAAAAAGAAACAACAACAUAGAGUGAACAAAGUGGCAACAAAAAGUCAACACAACACGUCGAGUAGCGAGGAUGAGUAUGUAUUUAUGACUGUGGGGGCGAAUGUGAAGACAAAAGUGCAUCCAACCGCAAUGGUAACAAUUGGUAAAGAAAAUAUAGAAUUUAUCGUGGACACUGGAGCCACAGUCAAUCUCAUUGAAGAGUCCGACUACCUGCGCCUUAAAGAUGUCAAGUUAAAGAAAACGUCAACGAAAAUAUUUCCGUAUGACAGUCAAGUUCCUUUGAAGCUCCUGGGUAAGUUUGAAGCAGUUAUAGAAACAAAUGGAAAAUUGACUGUUACAGAAUUUUACGUAGUCAAAAAGAAUGUUAAAGCGGGUGGGUCUCUGAUUUGCUAUAAGACAGCCCAUGAACUAGGGUUAGUUACCGUGGUGAAUCAAGUAGAAGAUAUAAAACCCUCAGUUGAUUCUUGGCUUAGAAACAAGUAUCAAAGUGUGUUCUCUGGAAUUGGCAAAAUGAAAAAUCAUCAAGUUAAGCUACAUAUUGAUGAAACGGUUAAACCAGUUGCCCAACCCCAUAGAAGAAUACCUUUUCAUGUACGAAAACAAGUUGAGCUAAAACUUAAAGAAAUGGAAGAUGAUGAUAUUAUUGAAAGGGUUGAAGGUCCCACGCCGUGGGUAUCCCCCAUUGUAGUUGUCCCUAAGCCCCACAAUCCACAAGAAAUACGUAUAUGUGUAGACAUGAGGCAGCCAAAUAAAGCAAUAGGUCGAGAACGUCAUCUCUCUCCAACCAUUGACGACAUCAUUUCAGAACUUGGGCAAGCUAAAGUAUUUUCAAAAUUAGACUUAAACCAGGGUUAUCACCAGUUGGAAUUGGCGCCAGAGUCUCGUUAUAUUACAACAUUUAGUACCCAUGUUGGUUUAAUGCGUUAUAAGCGUCUUAAUUUUGGCGUAAAUUCUGCUGCUGAAAUAUUUCAAGAAGCCAUAAAGGGUGUAAUCGAGGGUGUUCCAGGAUCGUUAAACAUUAGCGAUGACAUAAUUGUGUAUGGUUCAACUCAGGCAGAACAUGACAAGCGUUUAGAACAAGUUCUCGAGCGUCUGCGCAUGAAUAACUUAACACUGAAUAAAUCGAAGUGUGAAUUUAAUAAGCCUAGUUUGAUCUAUUUCGGCUACACCUUUUCCGGGGAUGGUGUUUUGCCUGACCCUAAAAAGGUAGAAGCAAUCAGAAAUGUCGAAGCUCCCAAAUCAGCGAAGGAAGUUAGAAGUUUUCUUGGAUUAGUGAACUAUUGCGGACGAUUUAUCCCCAAUCUGGCUAACUUGGCGAAGCCACUGCGAGAGCUAACGAAGAAAGAUGUAAAAUGGCACUGGACGGAAGAAUGUCAGAAGUCCCUGAGUGAAAUACAACAAGCAUUGUCUAGUAAUACGAAGUUAGCGUAUUUUCAACCAUCGUUGGAAACCGAGUUACUGGUAGAUGCAAGUCCCACAGGGAUCGGUGCAAUUUUAACACAGAGAGAUUGUUCAAAAAAUGCUGAUCCUCGAGUUAUAUGUUAUUCUAGUCGAGCUCUCUCCGAAGUGGAACAACGAUACUCGCAAAUCGAAAGAGAAGCUCUGGCAAUCAUGUGGGGAUGCGAGAAAUAUCAUCUGUAUCUUUAUGGAAAACCUUUUUCCGUCAUCACUGACCACAAGCCGUUAGUCAAGAUAUUCAAUGACCCAGCUCACAAACCACCACCGAGGAUUGAACGUUGGAUCCUGAAACUUCAGCCGUACGAGUUUUCCGUUGUGUACAAGCCUGGUGAAGACAACCCAGCUGAUUACCUUUCCCGUCACCCUGAUCUAACAACGAAAUUGAGUAGACGAGAAGAAAAGGUUGCUGAGGAAUACAUUAACUACGUAUUCACGAACGCUAUUCCAAAAGCACUAACUCAAGAAGAAAUUAUGGUGGCCACUAAAGAAGAUGCAACCCUUCAAGCUGUAAUCCUUGCGCUAAACACUGGAAAGUGGUACAACGUGAAGUCGACAGAGAAUAUUAAUAUGACCGUUUUCAAUGCUUUAGCUCGGGUUAAAACAGAUCUUGCAACUGCUAAUGCUGGCAAUACUCUCCUAAGAGGGACACGAAUUGUUAUUCCACAGAGCCUGCAAUCUAGAGUGAUUCGGUUAGCACACGAAGGACACCAAGGGAUUAUAAAAACAAAGAAAUUGUUACGAGAAAAGGUAUGGUUCCCUAGAAUCGAUGAACUAGUUGAAAAGUGUGUGGCGGAGUGCAUUCCAUGCCAAGCAACAACUCAAGUUAAGAACAGUGAACCGUUGAAAAUGACAAGUCUCCCUGAUGGUCCGUGGCAGAAUGUUUCAGUAGACUUUUGUGGUCCUUUCCCUUCUGGAGAUUAUCCAUUGGUGACAAUGGACGAUUACUCUCGAUACCCGAGGUAG